ACGAACACCAGAUGUACUGGAGGCAGUCGGAUGAGUUGUGGAGCUUGAGGUGUGGUUACAGGCGGCAGUGUGCUGUUGACUGUGGUUGAGGAAAGGACGGAGAUAGAUCUUGAGGUGAUCUGUCUCUGGGAUUAUUGUGCCCUUGGUGACAGACAUCAUGACGGACGUCAGCAGCACAGUGUCGCCCCUCCCACCACAGGAUGAAGGAUCGAAACUGGACUGGCCUGACGUGGUGGUGAUCGUAGUCUACUUUGUCUUCGUAUUAGCCGUCGGGCUCUUCUCAUCAUGGAAGAGUCAACGAGGCAGUGUGAGCGGCUACUUCCUCGCCUCCCGCAAAAUGCACUGGGUUCCCGUGGGAGCGUCACUGUUUGCCAGUAACAUAGGUUCUGGUCACUUCAUCGGCCUGGCGGGGUCUGGUGCUGCCGCCGGCAUCGGCGUUGCAGGGUUCGAGCAGAGUGCUGUGUACAUCCUGAUGUUGCUUGGAUGGUUAUUUGUGCCAGUGUACAUGAGUUCUGGAGUGUACACAAUGCCGGAGUACUUGAGGGAGAGGUUUGGAGGCCAGAGGAUCCGCAUAUAUUUGUCCUUUCUGGCGCUGCUUCUCUACAUCUUCACUAAGAUCUCAGCUGACCUGUAUGCUGGGGCUCUGUUCAUCCAGCUGGCUCUUAACAAGAACACAACAGAGUGGCUGUAUCUAAGCAUCCUCUUCCUCUUGGCUGUGGCUGCCAUCUUCACCAUUGCCGGUGGACUUACGGCUGUGGUUUGGACUGAUUUCGUACAGACCAUUCUUAUGAUUGUUGGUGCCUUCAUCCUUAUGGUUAUGUCAUUCAAUGCGGUGGGAGGGUUCGAGGCAUUGGUGGAACAAUUCCCGUAUGCGACAGCCACCAACAGGUCGGUGGACUCCAACAACAACUCUUGUGGUGAGCCUCCAAGUGACUACAUGAACCUUCUCAGGACCAUUGAGCCUGGCAAGAGUGACUAUCCUUGGACUGGCAUGGUGUUUGGCCUCACCAUUAACUCCAUCUGGUAUUGGUGUACUGAUCAGGUGAUUGUUCAGCGGACAUUGGCCAGCAAGAACAUGACUCAUGCCAAAGCAGGAUGUAUCCUGGCAGCCUAUCUCAAGUUCUUGCCACUGUGGUUGCUGGUUUUCCCUGGAAUGGCUGCCAGGGUGCUCUACAAAGACCGGGUGGCAUGUGCCAGUCCUGAAUUAUGUAAGGCCAUAUGUGGCAGUCGUGGAGGAUGUACUAAUAUUGCCUAUGCUGAGUUGGUAUUGAACCUUCUCCCAACAGGUCUGUCAGGUUUAAUGUUGGCAGUAAUGAUGGCAGCCCUCAUGUCAUCCCUCACCUCCAUCUUCAAUUCAGCAUCUACCAUCUUCACCAUCGACGUGUGGAUGUUGGUCAGGAAGAAAAUAUCAAGAAGGAUGGGCAUAGAUGCCAAGCCCUCAGAUGCGGAGCUGCUCAUAGUGGGCCGUGUGUUUGUCGUCGUCUUGGUCUUCGUCUCUGUGAUUUGGAUUCCUGUGAUUCAGAAGACUGGCAACUCACAGCUGUUUGACUACAUCCAGAGUAUUUCAUCCUUCCUUGCCCCACCUAUAUGUGCUGUCUACCUUUUGGCUAUCUUCUGGAAGAGAACCAAUGAGCCAGGGGCUUUCUGGGGGCUGAUGAUUGGACUGGCCAUUGGAUUGCUGAGGUUUAUCCUCGAGUUUUCUCAAGUCGCUCCUCCAUGUGGCUCAAGUGACCCAGACCCAAGAUCACACUUAAUGAAGCUGUUGGUUGGCAAUGUGCAUUAUCUCCAUUUUAGCUGUAUCCUCUUUAUCAUAACUGGGGCUUUCACCAUUGGCAUCUCCCUUGUGACUGCACCUAUUCCUGAAGAUUGUCUGUACCGACUUACCUUCUGGACACGGAGAGACCCCCGGGUGAGGAGGUCCAUUAAACUUAUCCAAGAUCUGGUCCAAGACACCCCUGACAACACUGUUGUUACUAAUGGUACUGAGCAAAUGAUCAUAGAAAAUACUCAGCCAGAAGUGUCCAAAUUGAAGCGGUACCUCAAUGUGGUAUGCGGUGUGUCGGGUAGUAGUAAUGCAGGGGUAGAAAACCCACAACCACAGAUGUCAGAGGAUGAGAAGGCUGAGUCUGCUGCUGAAUUCCUUAAUGAACCUCCCUUCUGGAAAAACCUGGUGAACAUCAAUGCCAUCAUCUGCCUUACCCUCACUACAUUUGUAUGGGGCUUCUUUGCUUAGCUGCUGAGAGGAACCUUCUGCCCCUCCCUUGUUGUUAUUAGAUAUAAAGACGAUUUAACAGGCACUGAGUGGCUGUAAAGUAUUUUUAUUAAUGUUUACAAUUGUAUUAAUAAAGUGUCCUGUGAAA